UAUAUAAUACUUCUUAGUCUAGUAUUCACUCGAAACACGGUUUGACAAAUCCACUACACCGGCCGGUAUUUGGUUGUUGUGUGAGCUCGUUACGAACAGCUGGCACGACCAUGACAAGUGUAGAUGAGCUUUUCAAGAAACCGCUGGCGGCUGCGAGUGCGAAGCGAAAAUUAGACAUCACGAAAGAUCCUAACGAGCUCUAUAAAGCUGCCAAAUUGGAAGCAAAUGGCGAUGUUAAAUCGAAAGGGAAAGCACCGAUGGUAGAAGACGAGGAGGAAAAUGACGAUUACGCGGGCCCCGAGCUGCCGCCCGAUUUUGACGCCGAAGAUGUCGCGGACGACGAGGAAGGCCGCUUUUUCGGCGGGGGAAUGGAACGGGAAACGGCGCAGGCUAUGGACUACAUCGAGGAGCAAGAUAAGGGGGAGCUCACUAAUGAGAAAUAUGAUGUCGCAUGGCUAAGGCGCUUUGCCCUGAACUUCGAGAAGAAGAUAUCUAAGAACGCAGAGCUGCGUGGGAAAUUUGAGAAUGAUCCUCAAAAAUUCAUGGCCUCCGAAGCCGAUCUAGAUGCAGAGAUCAAGAGUCUGUCCAUUCUCUCGGAACAUACCGACCUAUACCCAGAAUUCGCGAAGCUGGGCUGCGUGGGCUCUCUAGUAUCUCUCCUUUCUCAUGAGAACGCCGAUAUCGCUAUUGAUGCAAUCCAAAUCAUUAGUGAGUUAACUGAUGAAGAUGUGGAAGCGGAGCAAGAGCAUUGGGACAGCUUAGUUAAUGCAAUGUUGGAUUGCGAUCUCAUCGAACUACUUGCCCAGAAUUUGUCACGUCUAAACGAAGAAGAAGAGGCAGACAGAGCGGGAGUAUACUAUGUUCUCGGCGUGUUUGAAAAUCUUUCUUCUCAGGUGCAUAUCGCAGAGAAGAUCGGUGAAGAUUCAAACAUCAUGCCGUGGCUUCUUGCACGGAUACAGAAGAAAGAGAGACCAGUGAGCCAGAACGAGCAAUACUCUGCCGAAAUCUUAGCCAUUCUUUUGCAAUCUAGCACCAAGACUCGAGAGCGGUUCAUUAGCUUGGACGGGGUAGAUGUUCUACUCCAGCUGCUAAGUCAGUACCGAAAGCGGGACCCCGAAAAGGAUUCAGAUGAAGAAGAAUACGCGGAAAAUCUGUUUGACUGCCUGGUUUGUCUUGUGGAUGAUGAUGCUGGAAAAGAAAAAUUUCUCGAAGGAGAGGGCAUUGAGCUUGUACAGAUCAUGUUGAAGGAGGGAAAGUUCAGCAAACUCCGCGCCAUUCGGACAUUGGAUCAUGCCCUUGGUGGCCUUGAGGGUGUAGCUGCUUGCGAGCGGCUAGUUGAAGUGGCGGGCUUAAGAACCAUAUUCGGCAUGUUCAUGCGCAAGCAAGAACACCAAAUCAUAGAGCACCUUCUAGGCAUCUUCUGUUCCUUACUACGGCUUCUGCCAGGUGGUUCAGCACCGCGCAUUCGUACGCUGGCCAAGUUUAUGGAGAAAGACUACGAAAAGACAGAGAAGCUGGUCAAACUGAGGCGAGACUAUGCGUCUAGGGUCUCGCCCGUCGAACAAAUAAUCGAGAAAGAGCGAAAGCAGUUCACGGAGGAAGAGCAGAAGGCUAUGGAAGCGGAAUGGCUUUCGCGGAGAUUCGAUGCUGGUCUUUUCUCUUUACAGCUCAUCGAUGUUAUUCUAGCAUGGCUGGUGGCGGAAGAUGAUGGGGCAAAGAUGAAAAUUGUCUCGAUUCUAUCAGAUCGAGAUGAGGACUUGUCUCUCAUCCGUAGCACGCUCCAAGAGCAAAUUGAAGGGCUUUCGGAAGAUGAGCCGGGGCAGAAGGACCAUAAAGAAAUGCUGCAAACGUUGUUGCAGUUUCUGUAAAAUAGUUAUAACAACGAGAUAAC